AGGAGGAAGAGAGGGUAACAAAACAUUAAACAAUUCAUCAGCCCUAUUCUCCUCCUGCGUGCUCGUGCUUCCUUCCUUCCCAACCUUUCUCAGUUCCUCCGAUUCUUCCCCAAAUUCGCUGUCCCCUUCUCUGAUGCUAACACACACUGGCCCUAUUUGUGUGGGCCUCAUGAGCGAUUUCCUAUCAAUAGGGUAUCCACACUGCCUUUUCUUUCUUGAGCUCCUCCAAAAUGCCAAUUUCCGAAAUGCAAUGGCACAUCCAACAAGCAAGGAGCUUGCUCAUAGGCAGCAAUAUUUCUUCUGGAAAAACUACAGGAAUAACAGAGUGAAGCACAUCCUACCACGCCCUCCUCCUGAACCAACUCCUGCACCUUCACAAGCACCUGCUACAUUGCCCCUACCAGCAUCAGUGCCAACACCUGUAGCUCCACCUGUUCCAGCACCAACAUCGUCUAUGCCACCUGUGGUAGCAGGUGGUGCAUCUGCAAUGUCUCCUAUGCAGUUUGUGGGAACUCCAAGCACUAAUAUGCCGAAGAAUGGCAUGAGAAAUGCUAUGGGCAACAGAAAAAGGAAGAUGGGCUAGUUGAACAUCUUGCGUAACUCAUCAAUGGACAAUUCCGGCUUCAAGCGUUGUUGCUGACUUGCUGCCUCUGGAGGCUGGAGCCUUAUUGUUUCCUUUUGCUUAAGUGCUGGUUAAUUGGCCUUGUAGUUGACGGUUGCUUAGUUUUUAGAAUGGAAACGUCUGACCUAGAGAGAAGUUACAACAAAUACUGCGUGUUGUAAGAGCUUGCAGAUGUGACUUUAGAUGUCAAACAUUUUCCUGAAUGAUCAUACCACUUUCGUAAUACUGGCAGCUGGAAAUAAGCACUGUUCUUAAACUAUUAUAUAUGGCCGUUGGGUUGACAUUUGGGUAAUAUUCUAGUCAUGCAAAACCAACGUACGUUUUUCUGCAUUUUUUAUAAUAAUAACUUUAAAAGAAUUUUGACUUAAAACAGAGCUAAGUUACUAUUUGUUAUGGGCGUUAUGAUUUAA